CCAGUCGUCAACCAUGGCGCAGAUACCGUUGCCAAAUAUCUCACAAAUGUCAAGUUCUGAAUCACCGAUAACUUCUGAAAUUCAACAAUGUGACACCUCACAAAUUUUCGCUGAGCGUAUAUCCCCGGCAGAUAUUACUUACGAUGAUUUUUUCCAGCAAUAUCUGCUACAAAAUCGACCAUGCAUAUUUUCGUCAGAGUUAACACAAGGAUGGUUCAGCAGACGUGAUUGGGUUGAUAAAGCGACAGGGAAGCCCGAUUUGACAUUUUUAAAGGAACAAUUUGGUGAUGCUGUUACUCCUGUAGCUGAUUGUGGACAGAAGAAGUUCAGUAGCCAUUGUAAGGAGGAAAUGAUGAUGAGCGAGUUUCUGGAUUACUGGAAACGUUACAUCUCCGAAGGUUAUCCAUGCUCACAGAAAUGUCUUUAUCUUAAAGACUGGCAUUUCACAAAGGCAUUUCCAUCUUACAGCGCUUAUUCGACUCCAGAAUACUUUCUGUCAGAUUGGAUGAAUGAAUUCUGGGAUAGCCGUGCUGAUACUGAUGAUGAUUAUCGUUUUGUCUAUAUGGGACCGAAGGGAAGCUGGACACCAUUGCAUGCUGAUGUGUUCAGGUCUUUCAGUUGGUCAGCUAACAUCUGUGGAAGAAAACACUGGAUUUUCCUUGCUCCAGGAGAAGAGGAGAAAUAUAGAGACAAGUUUGGUAACCUUGUAUAUGACAUCAACUCAGAUGAACUUAACGAUCCAAAAAAAUACCCAUGCUUUAGCCAAUCAACAGCCAGGAUAGAGGUCAUUCAGGAACCUGGAGAGGUCAUCUUUGUUCCUAGUGGAUGGCAUCACCAAGUGCACAAUCUUGAAGAUACAAUCUCCAUUAAUCAUAAUUGGAUGAAUGGUUGUAAUAUCUAUAGAUGUUGGAAAUUUCUCAAACAGGAGUUGUGUAAUGUACAGCGGGAAAUCUCCGACUGUCAGGGCAUGGAUGGAUGGCAUGAACAGUGUCAGUUGAUUCUGAAAGCCAGCAGUGGAAUACAUUACUCGGAGUUUUACCAGUAUUUGGUUUCUAUAGCAACACACAGAAUGGCUUUUCUGCAGCAGGAUCAGAAAUGUGAUGAGGCAAAUAAUCAGCAGUGCCCAAGAACAGAUCACUCUUGUAAACUUGAAUCUGAAGGAGUAGAUCACUCGGGUGUUUAUACCAAACAAUCUCAUUAUAGAUCAGAUCCUGUUGACUGUAAAUCAAAAGGGCAGUGUAAAUUAGAAGAAAAUACAAAGGAUAUUAUUUACAAUGAAAAGAUGAAAGGGUGUUCUCUAUCAACCGAGGAAGCUGUCGCGACUUUCAAAGAAAAUCAAUUUGAUGUGUGUACAAGUGAUAGAAAUAAUAUCUCAAGUCCAUCUGAAAAGUCUGAAGUGCUUACAGUUCAGAAUUUGCAUCAAAACAACCUUGACAUGUGUCAAAGGGAUACGGAAAUUGACACAUGUCAAAGUGAUAAACUGUUUGACACAUGUCAAAAAGAUACCAAUAACGGUGUAUGCAAAAACAUAAGUGAUACCUAUAGCUGUAAUGUAAACAUUGUGCCGAUGAACACUUCUAACAUGUCUAAGCAAAAAAUAAACUCUCGCAAGGGCUCAGUGUAUCAUGCAAUCUUUGAUCUGAUCCAGGUCAAACAGACUCUUGUUGACAUGUUAAACACUGACGAACACAAGCUGGUAGUAACAGACUCUAAAGCUGAUUCUGUGAUAGAAAAGAUAAACAGUUAUGUCUGGUGAGGAAGCAGAUGGACAAGGCAUAGCAGCAACAAUAGUUAAAUUUAUUUAUGGAAACACAGGAGGUUCCACUGUUUUCAUCAGUCCCAGUCAUAAGCUUUUUAUUAUGUCAUGUACGUGUAUCAUUAUGCCUACACGUGACAUUCAUUUUAAUUGAGGAGGCAAAUUAUUUCAGGAUGUGUUAUGAAAUACUGACACAAGCUUGUGUGCUUUAAUAAAUGUUAACUUGUAUCUGUUUAUUUAAUUCAUAAAUAAAAAAAAUUGAAAUAUA